CAGUAAAUUUAUUUACACUGUGAAGUACCAAAGAAAAGUGGAAUUGAACUUAAACCCUAGAAGGCAUAUGCGCCCUUGUGUUUUGACAAAGACAACCAUCUAGAUAGAAUUUAUCUUUUUGCUAGUGCAAUGAAGUGUUUCAUUAUUGCAUGUUGUUGAUAAUUUUCCGAGGCACGCGAAAUUGCAAUUUUAGGGUGAAGACGAGAUGUCGACAAGUGCUGGUUCUAGUAGUACGGGAAGUGGUGCAGGAAGUGGAUCUACCGGUGGCAGCAGUGGUAGUAACGAUGGUGGCAACAACGGCCGAAGAAAUGGCAAUGGCGGCGGUACAGCGGCAGGAGCUGAAGCAACGGCAGCCAAGCCUGAUACGAAGGAAACUAAGUCCAACCCAAAAAUAUCAAAAGCACUAGGCACAUCUGCCAAGCGAAUUCAGAAGGAGUUAGCUGAAAUAACACUCGAUCCGCCACCAAAUUGUAGUGCUGGUCCUAAGGGUGAUAAUCUAUAUGAAUGGGUCUCAACCAUUCUGGGGCCACCGGGUUCAGUUUAUGAAGGAGGCGUUUUCUUCCUAGAUAUUCACUUCUCACCUGAAUAUCCAUUUAAGCCCCCAAAAGUCACAUUCAGGACAAGGAUAUAUCACUGUAACAUCAAUAGUCAAGGUGUGAUUUGCUUGGAUAUUUUGAAAGACAAUUGGUCUCCUGCACUGACAAUUUCAAAAGUUUUACUAUCCAUUUGCUCCCUACUGACAGACUGCAAUCCUGCUGACCCGCUGGUUGGCAGUAUUGCUACGCAAUAUUUGCAAAACAGAGAGGAACAUGAUAGGAUCGCUCGUCUUUGGACAAAGAGAUACGCUACGUGAUUCUCCUGCCUUUGGAAAACUGUAUAUUUUUAUGUGAACUCGAUACUAUUUAUAAAAUUGCCCUUGAUUAAACCACAUACAUACCUUUACAAAAACACUCCUCCGAAUGCUGUAACAAUAGUAGAUCGAAGUGCU